GCUCAAGUGUUGCUAUUCGUUAAUAUUUCGCGUUGUUUGAGGACAAAAAAAGGUCUACAUCUUUGUGGGCUAAUUUUGUUUAUGUUGUCGUUCUUAAUAGUAGCUUGUUAAAUCAUGUUUACUUUGCAUUGAUUUUAUUUUUUCUUUUUUCCUGGUGGAUUGUUAUGAUUGUCACCAGAAAAUGAGUUUUUGAUUUUAUUGGUGGAAAUUUAAGGACUGGGGUAACGGCUCCUUGAUCUUUGUUAAAAAAAAGAAAAAGAACUUGUAAAUUGAAUUAUGGGCUCUGUAAUUAGCGAUCGGAGCAAUUGAUAACAUUUUUCCGUUUUAUUGUGUAGUCAAUCAUUAUUGCGCUGUCUCGUGUUCUGAAAGCAUCAUAAUGUUGCAUUGUUUGCAUUUCCGGAUACCCAUAUAAGAAAUUUAUGGCUUGCGACUUCUGGGGCCCAUCAUUCCCUCAAGGAGAAAGCAGCUGUUGCGUACAACCAGAAUGGCAGUAUGACUUUUACUUUCGUUAUGGCUUCGACAUGAUUGAAGAAAAUGCCUUGAAUGAGAAAUCUUGUGUUCAAGUGCUGAGGAUAUUGAUUACAAAAGCAGAUACUGAAAUUGAUGACCUUGAAAAAGAUUUGGUAUUCCUCCAAAGUGAACUGGUCUGGGCUGAACAUGAAGAAUCGUCUGACAUCCGCUGCAAUGCUUUGAGAGCAAAGAUCAAUUGCCUUGAUAUCUCAAUAAGGAAAUUGAGGAACAAGGAUGAGAGUGACAUUGAGGUUUAUUUACUGAUGCAUACAGAACCUGCUGAAAAAUUGGAUGAAGUAGGGAAGGCUCUACUCAAAAGUUUCUACCAUGAGAAAAAUAGCAGGUUUAGCACUGUCUAGAUGUCAGAGAGUUGUAGUCAUCUUGAAUUUUUCUGCUACCCUUGGUCACCUUGGAAGGAAAGAGAAUGGAGAACCUUUAAUAGACUGAAAUAGAGGUGAAGUAUUUUUUAGUGCUUUAUUUAUUUGGAGUGCUUUUGCACCAUUGUGGAACUUGAUAAGCAUGAAUGACUCUUGUUGUCAGCAGAUUGGUUGUCUUUGUAUUUCCUGUAGUUUUGUAUCUUUUACUUAUUUAAUUUUUCCUUCUAAUAACCGCUUCUUUUAUGCAUUAUUUCAUUAACUAAGAAUUUUCCUUUCCAGAAUGAGCAAUCUCAGGAUGUUGUUGUCUUGGAUUCAAGGUCUGGUUCUCCUGAGCUGUUGGCUGCCCUGCAUAAGAACCAAAAAUC